AGCCCAGACGCGGAGAAAAUGGCGGCAGGGGUCGAAGCGGCAGCCGAGGUGGCGGCGACGGAGCCCAAAAUGGAGGAGGAGAGCGGCGCGCCCGGCGUGCCGAGUGGCAACGGAGCUCCGGGCCCGAAAGGUGAAGGAGAACGACCAGCUCAGAAUGAGAAGAGGAAGGAGAAAAACAUAAAAAGAGGAGGCAAUCGCUUUGAGCCGUAUGCCAAUCCAACUAAAAGAUACAGAGCCUUCAUUACAAACAUACCUUUUGAUGUGAAAUGGCAGUCACUUAAAGACCUGGUUAAAGAAAAAGUUGGUGAGGUAACAUACGUGGAGCUCUUAAUGGACGCUGAAGGAAAGUCAAGGGGAUGUGCCGUUGUUGAAUUCAAGAUGGAAGAGAGCAUGAAAAAAGCUGCUGAAGUUCUAAACAAGCAUAGUCUGAGUGGAAGACCACUGAAAGUCAAAGAAGAUCCUGAUGGUGAACAUGCCAGGAGAGCAAUGCAAAAGGCUGGAAGACUUGGAAGCACAGUAUUUGUAGCAAAUCUGGAUUAUAAAGUUGGCUGGAAGAAACUGAAGGAAGUUUUUAGUAUGGCUGGUGUGGUGGUCCGAGCAGACAUUCUUGAGGAUAAAGAUGGAAAAAGUCGUGGAAUAGGCACUGUUACUUUUGAACAGUCCAUUGAAGCUGUGCAAGCUAUAUCUAUGUUUAAUGGCCAACUGCUAUUUGACAGACCAAUGCACGUGAAAAUGGAUGAGAGGGCCUUACCAAAGGGAGAUUUUUUCCCUCCUGAGCGUCCACAACAACUUCCCCAUGGACUUGGUGGUAUUGGCAUGGGGUUAGGACCAGGAGGGCAGCCUAUUGACGCCAAUCAUUUGAAUAAAGGCAUUGGAAUGGGCAACAUAGGACCCGCAGGAAUGGGAAUGGAAGGCAUAGGAUUUGGAAUAAAUAAAAUGGGAGGCAUGGAGGGACCCUUUGGUGGUGGUAUGGAAAACAUGGGUCGAUUUGGAUCUGGGAUGAACAUGGGCAGAAUAAACGAAAUCCUAAGUAAUGCACUGAAGAGAGGAGAGAUCAUUGCAAAGCAGGGAGGAGGUGGAGGUGGAGGCAGUGUCCCUGGAAUUGAGAGGAUGGGCCCUGGCAUUGACCGCAUUGGGGGUGCCGGCAUGGAGCGCAUGGGUGCAGGCCUGGGCCACGGCAUGGAUCGUGUGGGCUCUGAGAUUGAGCGCAUGGGCCUGGUCAUGGACCGCAUGGGCUCAGUCGAGCGCAUGGGCUCCGGCAUCGAGCGCAUGGGCCCACUGGGCCUCGACCACAUGGCCUCCAGCAUCGAGCGCAUGGGCCAGACCAUGGAGCGCAUCGGCUCUGGUGUGGAGCGCAUGGGUGCCGGCAUGGGCUUUGGCCUGGAGCGUAUGGCCGCACCCAUUGACCGUGUGGGCCAGACCAUCGAGCGCAUGGGCUCUGGCGUGGAGCGAAUGGGCCCUGCCAUCGAGCGCAUGGGCCUGAGCAUGGAGCGCAUGGUGCCCGCAGGCAUGGGGGCAGGCCUGGAGCGCAUGGGCCCUGUGAUGGAUCGCAUGGCCACCGGCCUGGAGCGCAUGGGCGCCAACAACCUGGAGCGCAUGGGCCUGGAGCGUAUGGGCGCCAACAGUCUCGAGCGCAUGGGCCUGGAGCGCAUGGGCGCCAACAGCCUGGAGCGCAUGGGUCCCGCCAUGGGCCCAGCCCUGGGCGCUGGCAUUGAGCGCAUGGGCCUGGCCAUGGGUGGUGGUGGCGGUGCCAGCUUUGACCGUGCCAUCGAGAUGGAGCGUGGCAACUUUGGAGGAAGCUUCGCAGGUUCCUUUGGUGGAGCCGGAGGCCAUGCUCCUGGGGUGGCCAGGAAGGCCUGCCAGAUAUUUGUGAGAAAUCUCCCAUUUGAUUUUACAUGGAAGAUGCUAAAAGACAAGUUCAACGAAUGUGGCCACGUGCUGUAUGCCGACAUCAAGAUGGAGAAUGGGAAGUCCAAGGGGUGCGGUGUGGUUAAGUUUGAGUCGCCAGAGGUGGCUGAGAGAGCCUGCCGGAUGAUGAAUGGGAUGAAGCUGAGUGGCCGAGAGAUUGAUGUUCGAAUCGAUAGAAAUGCUUAAGCAGUUGCCUUUUUUAAACAUCGAUACCAGACCUCUGAAUUUGUAUUUUUUCUUGUUAACCAUUUUAAUUUGUUGGCUGGAUGUAUAAAGAUGUUUAAAAAAUUCAGUUGCUUUUUGGGGUAAUUUGAAUUACUUUUUUAAUGACUGGGAUCCCAUUUGACUGUUUGCAUUGAGAUUGCAAUGUGCGCAAUUUUUUUUGUAGUUGUGGCAUCUUGUUGACAUCGAAUAUGACUUUGAUAAUAAAUACCAGUUCCUGAA